AAAACGAUUUUACAUAGAACCUCUGGGUAUAGCGAAACAAUGGACGACAGAGGCACACUGAUGAGACUUUAAUGUCGAGCUGUGCCACCGAGUGUAGGAGGACUGCAGUUACCCUUUGACACCUCUGUUGACAUAGUACGCUGCGGAACUGAGAAUAUAAAGACGUGUAGAUAAAUUUACACGUCUUUAAGUAGCUGUGGGAUACGGUAAGCGACUGCCGGCAGGGGGUGCUAUAAUGCCGAACUGAAUGGUUUCUUUCUCACGUCACAGUUCUUGCGAGGGCGUCUGUUGUCUAAAGGCCGCAGUAGCAAAGCAUUUUUGUCUUGGGUCGUAUCUCUAUUUUUUUGUUAUUUGUGCGUCAACAAAUUUGACUGACAGUCAUCUAUCACCAGCAGUGACUUUUCCCCUGUAACGUCUCCAUUCACUUUGUACCAUGCGUAAUCCGAGACUCGUCACACUGCGGUAGAAGUGCACUGCUACGGUUGUAUCAGCAGGGUUCGCUGUGGCGCUGGUCGCCCCUCAGUUGGUAGUUCUGAUGCUGUGUUGUCUUCUCUCUAUAGCAAUGAGCAAGCAGGCAAAAACAGAACGGUAAAGGUGGCGGGUAGUGCUGCUUUCUUGCAGCCACAACCUCUGGACUCAGGCCCGUAGCCUCAUGAGGAAGCUCCAUGCUGACUGACGCUGGGAGAUGGGAAUACUCAAUAUUACAGACCAGCCUCCACUGGUCCAGGCGAUCUUUAAUAGAGAUGUAGAAGAAGUCCGACUGUUGGCUAGCCGGAAGGAGGACGUCUGUUUGCUGGACCAAGAAAGACGUAGUCCUCUUCACGCUGCUGCAUAUUUAGGAGAUGUUCAGAUCAUUGAACUUCUGAUACAGGCAGGUGCCAACAUCAAUGCAAAAGAUAAUGUCUGGCUGACACCCUUACACCGUGCAGCUGCCUCCCGCAAUGAACGAGCUGUUAACCUCCUUUUGAAGCACUCUGCAGAUGUUAAUGCCCGCGAUAAAUACUGGCAAACACCAUUACAUGUUGCAGCAGCAAACAGAGCUACCAAGUGUGCUGAAGCACUAAUACCACUGUUGAGUAGCGUAAACUUUGCAGACCGCACUGGAAGGACGGCACUCCAUCAUGCUGCACACAGUGGCCAUAUUGAGGGCAUUUAGAAGUGGUGAAGUUGCUGGUGGCCCGUGGUGCUGAUACUAUGGGGAAGGACAAGAGAGGCUAUACACCACUGCACGCAGCAGCAGCCAAUGGUCAAAUUGAGGUGGUAAAAUACCUGCUGAAGCUAGGAGUUGAGAUUGAUGAACCAAAUGUUUACGGGAACACAGCACUUCACAUUGCAUGUUACAUGGGCCAGGAUGCUGUGGCAAAUGAGCUGGUUAACUGUGGGGCCAAUGUGAACCAGCCUAAUGAGAAGGGGUUCACUCCCCUGCACUUUGCUGCCGUCUCCACCAAUGGAGCUCUGUGUUUAGAGCUGCUUGUUAAUAAUGGAGCAGAUGUCAACUUUCAGAGUAAAGAAGGGAAGAGUCCUUUGCACAUGGCUGCCAUUCAUGGACGGUUUACACGAUCUCAGAUCCUCAUACAGAAUGGUGGUGAGAUAGACUGCGCUGAUAAACAUGGCAAUACACCUCUACACAUUGCUGCUAGAUAUGGUCAUGAGCUGCUAAUUAGUACUCUAAUGACAAACGGUGCUGACACUGCAAGGCGCGGUAUCCAUGGCAUGUUCCCCUUGCACUUGGCCGUGCUGUACGGGUUUUCAGACUGUUGUCGCAAGUUACUUUCCUCAGAACUCCAUUGCACUAUGCAGCUGCUAAUGGUAGCUACCAGUGUACGGUGACACUACUCACCAAUGGGGCCAGUAUUAAUGAAACGGACUGCCGAGGCUGCACGUCCUUACACUACGCUGCCGCUUCCAAUGCAUACAGACGUAGGGUUGACACGCUUGUCUGUCAUGGACAUGAGGGUGAUGAUGAGCUCCUGAAGGACUCUCGACAGAAAGAAGCAUUCUUUUGUUUAGAAUUUUUACUGGAUAAUGGUGCUGAUCCUUCCCUUCGUGACAAGAUGGGAUACAGUGCAGUUCACUAUGCAGCUGCCUAUGGCAACAGACAAAACCUUGAACUGCUCUUAGAGAUGUCCUUUAACUGCCUUGAGGAUGUGGAAUGCACUAGCCCAGUCAGUCCUUUGCACUUAGCUGCCUAUAAUGGUCACUGUGAAGCCCUAAAGACACUGGCAGAAACACUAAUGAAUUUAGAAGUGCGUGACAGAAGAGGCAGAACGGCUCUUUAUCUUGCUGCAGAACGAGGUGCUGCAGACUGUGUGGAGGUUUUAAUGUGCCAUGGAGCUUCUCCUAUUACAAAAGAUAUAAAGAACAAAUGGACCCCACUUCAUAUUGCAGCUGCCUAUGGCCAUACUGAAUGCCUGCAUCUUCUAAUUGACAGCGGAGAGGGCAUUGACAUAACUGAUGUCAUGGACAUAAAGGGACAGACACCACUGAUGCUGGCAGUGAUGAAUGGACAAGUUGACUGUACUCACCUUUUGCUGGAAAAAGGAGCUACAGUUGAUGCAGGAGACAAGAGGGGAAGAACCGCUCUCCAUCGUGCGUCUGUGUCUGGGUGUGAAGAAUGCAUUGGCGCACUGCUAGAACAUGAUGCAUAUGUAUUGUGUCGAGACUUCCGGGGCAGGACACCUCUACAUUUUGCAUCAGCUUGUGGACAUUCUAGUGUCCUGAACACACUGUUGCAGGUAGCUUUUUCUAGUGACCCUCUAGACUCCAUAACAGAUUACAGUGGCUAUACACCCCUGCAUUGGGCUUCUUACAAUGGGCAUGAAGACUGUUUAGAAGUGUUGCUUGAUCACAGAUCCUUCACUUCCUUGGAGGGGAACCACUUUACUCCAUUGCACUGUGCAGUAAUAUUUGCUGUACAGAGCGAAAGCAGAUUUAUCUUUAAUGGACAUCAGCAAGAACACAGCUCUUCAUCUGGCCUGCAGUAAGGGCCAUGAAAAAUGUGCUUUGUUGAUUCUUGGGGAGACUAAUGAUCCUAGCCUUAUCAAUGCAACAAGCAGCACUCUGCAAACGCCCCUUCACCUAGCAGCUCGGAAUGGUUUGUCUUCAGUGGUUCAAGCCUUGCUUAGUAGGGGUGCCACAGUACUUGCCAUGGAUGAAGAAGGUCAUACCCCAGCAUUGGCCUGUGCUCCUAAUAAAGAUGUUGCAGACUGCUUGGCACUUAUUCUGUCCACCAUGAAGCCUUUCCCUCCAAAAGAUGCUGUCAGCCCAUUCAGCUUUAGCCUCCUCAAAAACUGUGGCAUUGCAGCUAAAACAGCAGCCUGCAGCUCCCUGCCCAAUGGCAACAUCCGUCCAUAUGGCAAGGAUCGACACAACACUGUAGGCUUGGAGAGCUGUUACCACGAGUAGACAAAGACAUGGGUGAUCUAAUACCGUGAUAUCAUAUUUAUUUAUAUAUUUUAUAUAUAAAUAUACAUAUAUCUAUAAAUUGUGGUAGUUUAUGGGAGAACAGUCACACAUUAAACCUCAUGGCCUAAACAAAAUAUUACUUGGGAGACUGAGUCAAAAAGGAGUUAAUUUAACAGUCAUUUGAAUAUCAAGUUCUGCCUAAAGUAUGAAAUCACAACCUAUGCAUUGCUGUUAGUCUGUAUAUUCUGUUCUGUGCCCCAAAUCCUCCUUUCCUUUGAGUAUAUGUUAUUUUUUUUUUUUUACUUUUGCAUUUUUGUGUUGAUGCAUCAGCCAUUUUCAUGUUGGUAAGCUGCUGAUGCUUCACUCAUUGAUAGGUAUGCCGAUAGCCAAAUUAGUUGAAUAAAGCUUGUAUAUAUUUGUACUUGUUAAAUAUUAUAAGCUUCCUGAAGAUCAGAUGAUUUGGGUCAGUGCAAAGCUGAGAUGAUGUAUUUAUCUCCAUACGCUGUCCUGUAUCAGUCUGUAAGCUUGCCUUAAUGGACUGGGCUGGCAUUGGAACAGUUUGCACAAGGUUUGAGUACAGAAAGUCCAUGCUGUACUGUACUGUACUGUAUUGACAUUAAAAAAACUUUUAAGGGUUUAUCUUCAGCUUUGGGAACUUGCAUAAUGUGUUUGAAAUCCUCUGGCUUUGUUGUUUUGCAGCCAAAGCCGUGACUAACUACUCAAACUGCUUAGGUGGAUGGGAUGAAUAAUGAUUGUCAUGGCCUCAGCUGCACCUGGCACAAUGUGGCUUUAUCUUUUUUGUAACAAAAGAAGCCUACAACCAGGUAUAGUAUGGCUACAAGAACCUGAGAACACUAUUUGGUGAUGCUAAAUUCUCUGUGCCAUAGUGCCAAAAUGUAAUUUAAUGGGCACCAUUUUAAACUUGUCAGCGUAGUUUGAACUGGUACUUAUUUGCUGAUGUGUGCAGCUCUCCAUUUCAUUGCUGUUGGCUAUAUGUGUGACAUACUUUCCCUUGUUGGUGUUCAUCUGGACAACACCCUUUCCACUAUAACACUAGGUGUAUAUUUAUGGCACCACCACUUCUCAUUUGUUGCUUGCCCUUGUACUGUACUUUGGGUUCUAAACACAAAGCCAAGUAUCUUUACUCAUAGAUGUCCAUUGAGUGGUAUAUAAAAAAAGAUAAAAAUAGACGUUUAGAAAAGGAUUUAGUACCAAAAAUGCAUAUAUGUGUAUAUAUAACAAUGCACUUUUUAAAAUUCUUGAUAAGUGUAUUCUUCCAUUGUUUUUAAGUAGCAUGUGGAUAUUUUUUUUUACUGUUUGUGAAAUUUUCCUGUAAACUCAGUGAACUUUUUACAGAAUUGAUGAAAUUUGUAUCCACACCUUGUGUGAAGGAUGCUUAGAGAUAUAUACAGAAAGAAAAUAAUCUAUAGGGCACAGCAUUCUAGUUCCUUAUUAGGACACUAUUGCUAGAUCCCCAAAUAGACCAUUAAAAAAACACAAAAAAAAAAAAAAAAAAAAAAAAAGAUAGCUGGGAGCAUUACACAUGUGAGUUGUGGUCAUGCAGGCUCCCUUAAAGACAUUGCUGCAGCAGAAAUAGAACAUACUAGUGACGUACUCUUGGGAGAUUUAAAUGCGAUGUCUACAGCAGAAUUUCUGCAUUACUUGCACUAAAGUUUGAGCUAUUAGAAAUUCUGAGUGACAUUUUUUUUUUAUUUUUGUUGGUAUAGUAAGCACUUCUUUGGCCAGAAGUAGGAUUUGGGUUUGCACAAGAUGUAAUUGCUGGCCAACUGAAUUUUUUUUAUGUGCCUGUAAUUAGUUGCUGUGCGUCAUGAGAUAUAGGCAGCUAGCACAGGGCAUCCUUCAAAAAGAUGCACUUUGCAGUUUCAGAAUUUCUUCAUUGUUACUUUUAAUUAUGUCAAAGUUGCAAACUACUUGAAAAGUAUUUUUUAAUAUAAUGGUAUAAAGGAAGGAGCCUAUUCCACCCUUCACCCAUUUUGAUCUUUUAGACAAUGUUAAGUGUUGCAGUUUUAAGUUUUCUUUUACCUCAGUUACAUGAGCCAAAAAAAAAAAAACUUGAUGUUUUUUGAAUUGCACAGUUACAGUUUUUAAACAGUAUUCUUUUUGUUACUUUUUAAAACUGGACAGCAAAUGUUUACAUGCUUAUUGGACAAGUUUUCUUUCUGAAGAGUUCUGACACACUUUUUUUUUUUUUCGCUUCGAGCCAGUAGCUAGAAGGAUGCUGUGCUUGGCUAUCUGUAGCUCAGUGAAGGCAAAAAUUAAAAUAACUGUAGCCAGUUAAGGACCAACAACCCCCAUCUGUCACCCCCACUAGUAAACAGUAAUGUGCACUUGUCCUCUUUUUUCCAUCACUUCCCUGUUUCAUAUGGGUACAGUGUGCCAUUCUCUGCCCUGGUCAUCCCAUGCUUUUGUUUUCAGCAACACUGCUGACUCUGGGUUUGUACCACUGUAUUAUUUACAACUAAUGUAAGUCACCCAUUGUAGCUCCUGUAAAGAUUCAGAGGUCACACUUCCCUUUUGUAGUAGACUUGCAGUGUUUUCUGAGGGUUUUGGGGUCACUGUCUGAGUAAAGUGAAUCAUAUUAUCUCUGUUGACUUGACUAUAUCCUAGCAGCUAAAAAGUUAAACAUUUAAGCAUUUAUCAGUACAUAUGGCGUUCGUACCAUAAUUCAGACAUUAAACACAAGCGUGUGUGUGUGUUUGUGUGUGUAUAUGGCAUGGGCUCUGUCAUGGGUUGCCAUCCCUUGCUAUUUGAAGCGGACAUUAGGACCUUGAGACAGCUUUAGGACCUUCUUUUUCAUAUUUGUGCAGUAAAGCCAUGAAACCAUGUAGAUAGAGUACAUCCCUGUUUAAAAAAAUAGCAUUAAGAGAUUUUCAAGUAAAAAUACUGAUAGUGAUUUAAAUGUAAUAUUUAGUAAAAUGUAACAUGUUAAAAAAACACUGAAAAUGGCAGUAUCUCUUCAGUGCAUGUAUGCAUCCAGACUUACCAGCAGUGCCAUAGAGGACAGAGCUUCCAUGUAGUUAAACUAUUGAUGUUAGCCCAUUUUGAUUACAAAACAAGUUGUCCUAAAGUAGUAAUAUUAUCUGGACCUCUUUUGGAAAUAAAAUCUCUGGCGGUGUACUGAUUGUGUACAUAUGUUUUCACUUGGAUUUGUCUUGCUGUGGAAACUUUGCUCCUUUACCUUGGCGACCAUCAAGCUUCCCUCUUUGUGCUUGUUCUGUUAGCCUGUUUGUCCUGUAGGAGCCAAGAGCCCAAUGUGGUGUUUUUUUUCCUCCCAGAGAUGGGAGCAGAGAAGUGGAGAGAGGAACUGUCAUUUGUCUGAAGUCAUGGGGCGAGGUUUAUUUUGAGUUCCAUACUCCUCUGCAUAUGCCAAGGAUGGUCUCAGAGUUGUUUGCAUUGGGCAUAAGUGAGGGUAUGUCACUUCUGCAAAUGAUGUAACCCCUCAAGACAGUCCUCGUCAAAGUCAUUACUCCCUUAAGAUCGCCCGUCUACGCCAGAGGUUCUGCAGUGGGACUAAACACCCAGACAUAUACCCUCACCAUCUCCUUCCCCAAAGAAGGAUGAUCUGGCAAAGUCACAUCUAUCCUCUCAUCCUCAUGCCAUCUCCAGCAAAGCCUGAAUAGUUAUUCCAACUCGGGUUGCUUAGGUUUUAGAUGGGGCUUCAUUCCCUCUACUCCAACAAAGCUGGCUUUGCUUUUUAAAAUUUGGUGACUUUUUAUCCCACAAAGAAGUCUUAGUUUUAUGUCACCAUCUGUAUGUAAAAAUGAGGUUGCUGAACCUGUGAAUCUUGAUUUCAUUGUGUGUGUGUUAAGGAUUCAAAAGACUGAUUUUUACACUUGCAGUUUGUCACAUCUUUACCUGGGUUUGUAGUGUAGGUACCAAGUUUCAAGUUGUGCAGUGCUGCUGGUCAGUGUUAAUGACUUCACAUGCUAGAUUUAAAAGGUUUCAAAAACUACAAUAUCCCCAAAGUAAGAUAUGAACAUGCUAGUGAUAAGAAAGAAGUGCAAGCAUCAUCGUUUCAUUAGAGUUAUUGGUCCUAAAUCAUUAGUACCUUUUAAGUUAAGUAAAGCUUAUUGAAAACUCAAAGGAUCCAAUAUACAUGCCUAUUUCUUCUGAAGAGGCAUUGCUGUUGACAUUUGUUAUAACGUUAUCACUUUCAUUAAGCUUUCCUGCCUUGUAGUCCAGUUGGAAAAUGAGUUUGUGUGAUUACCAGUACAUUUUAAUAAUCAAAGAGCUGCAAGAAACUUGCAUUCUGCAGACUUAAAUUUAAUUUCUUUAUCCUGCAUUUGUACACUGUGUAUGUUUGAGCCUCGAUACAUAAACAGAUCAGAACUAUGGUGGCCCCUUUAUAAAAGGCAGUUUUUGAUAAAACUGCCAUGUAUGUUUAUUUUGAUUCUAACUGAUUACUUUUAGACUUAUACAUUUACUAAAUUGUAUUGUUUGAUAAUCGUUUGAUCCCAGCCAAGAAGCAAAAGGUAUGUAUAGUGUAUGUAAAAAGCUAAUGCAUAGAACAAAAUGUAGCACUCGUAGUCAAGGAGGGAGGGCCACCUAUGUACAGAGCUCUAAAGUAUGCCCCAAGUAGUUUUCUCUUAACUAAAUUAGUAGUGUACCCCCCCCCCCCAAAAAAAAAAAAACAAUAAUCCUUGUUCUUCAUUCCCAUCUACAGCAGUACCACCCAGUGAAUGGUACUUCAGAAAAUAUUCUGGGGGAAACUGAUUUCUGUUGUGGGAUAGAUUACAGACUUUGUGUGACAGGUGUGGCAUUUAGUAUUUAUGACAUGUACAGAAUGGUACUUUUUAUUAGAGAGAAAAUCUUCUGUUAGAUGAGCAAAAUUACUUUUUCCUGUUUUUUUCUCUUCUCCUUCAGAGCAUUAAGGGAAGACAAUCAAGAAAACUAAGGGCUUUUAAGUGUUCCGUCAGCUGCACUUUGCUUGUUGAAUAUUUUUUGUCUUCGCACAUCAUAGUGGGGGAUUUUUUCAUUACUGCACUGCGGAUGCCUUUUUAGACUUUGUUUGGGUCAUGAGCAAUCCCUUUGGGGAGUGAUUUGUUCUCCUUUAAACUUGUAAUGUGUACACCAACAGCACAGCUUGACAAUUAAGUAAUAAUCAAAGUUUUAGUAAUAAUGUAUAAUGUUUGCUCAAUGAGAUUCGUGUUGGUUCCCUAGUGCAUUUGAAUCUGGGGCUUGGACAAAACUGGAGUUGCCUGCCCUCUCCCUAGCCCUCAGCUGCUGUUCGUCCUUAUUAAUACUGUCAGGUUAGAUGCCCAAAAUUGCAGGAUAGUUUGUGUAUGUAAAGCAAAUAAGAAGUGGGCACGGUCUUCUGUUUUUGUCUCCCCUUCAGCUUUGUACAGCUGCCCCACAUGUCCCUCCUUUGUCUCCAUAGUAUACUGGUGGUUACCAUCCUGUAUGAUAGAAUGAUGAGUAGUUUUCUGUGGAGAAUUUCUGCUAACCUAGGUUAUGGGUAGUUUAAUUGGCACAAGCAAAUUUUCUAUACCAUUUCCUCAGGCAAAAGAAAAAAAGUUUAGUGGAGUUUUUAUUGUCAUAUUUUAAGAGUUUUGCACUGGUUUACAAAAGUAGUCUUGUCUUUGAUUGUGGAGACAGGAUGUAAAGGCAAAUUUUAUGUAUUUAGUCUUUGUGGUAAGUUUGUUUUUUUUUUUUUUUUUUUUUACAUUUUUUGAUUCACGACGAUGAGGGGAAUACACUGAACAUAGGGAGAGCAGCUGACUCCAGUUUUUUUUUUUUUUUUUUUUUUAACCCAGCCCUUAACCCAAAGCACUUGCUUCAGAAUAAGCACUUUCUACUAAAGCAUGAGGGUCCUGCUUCCCAGAGUAAAAACAGAAAAGAAAGAGAUGACAAAAAUGUAGGUUGAAAAUUGAAAAUCAUCUCUAAAGAAAGAAAAAAAAGACACAAGGGAAGUUCUUGAACAGCACAAAUACAUUUCAACGAAAAGGUGUAUUUGCACUGCCAUUCUGUAAAGAACGAGUUGCCAAAGUCAACUCUACUGAGCCAUAAAACUGCUAACACUGAAUGUACUGUCCUGAGUAAGCAGUGGUCACUGGGUUUCAAAGGGGUUACCAGGCUCUUAAUGAAUUUCAAAUGAUUGCUUUGUCACUGUGUUCUUCAGCAACAGAAGUUGCAUCAGUAGUUCGCUACUACUGUGAGAAACAAAAAGAUUAGGGCAAACUUGAGUCAGCAGAAUGCCUGUAUUUAAUUUAUAGUUUAUAGUGCUUAAAGAGAAAAAAAUGUUUGUUGUACCACAGAAAUGCUUAGAGGUGGGGCACUGCUCUGUUAUUUUUCUAGUUUUCCCCACCAUAACUGUUGAAGAAGCAGCUGUGUAAAUACUUCUCAUUUGCUGCCUGGAGAAGUGUGCAUUACCCACUGAAAGCUUGUCCUUCAUUAGACUGCAUCUGAUGACAGGUCUCUGUUGAGCUGGCUUUGCACUAGCCCUACAGAGACCUUCCCCAUGGUUUGCCUGUGCACUGUAGAACAUUUCUGGCACCAGCAAAAAGUUCUUAAUUCAAAAGUUGUGUGACCUGAAACCUUUUUGUCAUGUCACUGUGUGACUGAUUUUUCAAUCUUUGCUGUAUUUUGUACGAUUUCAAAACCAUUAAAUUAUUUUCUGUCCUCUGUGUUGAUAGGUCAUAUGUUAUACACUGAGACAUCACCAGUGGUCAAUAUGUACAUCUGUUGUAAGGACAGAUUUUCAGGAUCUUUAUGGAUAACUUCUGAACACUGCCUUUCUUAAAUGUUUCCAUGACCCCAUUUUGAAAAGGAAACAAAUAUUUCCCAUCAGGUCAUAGCUUAGAACCUUGAAGUGCAUCAUCUUUUUGUGUUUUAAACCAAAGCAGACGCAGACAUGGACACAAUUCAGUUCAGGCAUGCAGUGGAUUUAAUAAUUAGCCUCCAAAGUAUAUUUUAAUUCAAGUGACCAGUUAAGUGUUUUCCUCUGGAUUUUCAGAUGAGUUGUUUUUGCUUUGAUGGUCUCUUAAAUAGUAUUUGUUUGUACAGAGCAUGCAACUGUCUACCAAAGGAUCCACUGUGCCAGUGUUCUCCAUGCCACUUCAUGAGAAUUUUCCCCAGCAAAGUUUGUGGCAGGAGGAUGUGUUUAAAGUCUACAGAAUAUUACAUCAUGGUACUGCUAUGCUGAGGUUUAAAACAGCUACUCUACACAGUGUGGAUAAAUUCCCACGUCUUACUUAAGAGCAUAGUAUAGUUUUGAUCUGACCUGAUGAAAGUAGUGUUUUACAAAGGUAGUGAAUAACAAAGCAGUUCUCAUCCAGUAAUGAGGGGAACCUCCAUGAACCCAUCCAUACUGCUGCUGGUUUGGAUGUUAAUGGAGGCUAUAUGCUGCUAGAUAACUGCACAAGAUGUUUCUAAGGGGAUACUGUGUUUUUAUGAACUUUAAUUACCUCUAGCCAGUCUCUUCAUGUUGAACAACUUUCUGCAAUACUGGCCAUACAUUGGCAUCCUUAAUAAUAACUGUCUUUGUGAAAUAUGAGUUUUUUUAAAUAAUUUUCUGCUUUCUGUAUUUACAUACUCUGCUAAUAUGUGAAGAAAUAAAGAACAGCCUUAAUAUUUCA